AUGUCACUCUUCCACGGAAGAUAUGGUCCAAUGAGAGAGAAGAUUCAGAGAAGCAGGUUUAUAAGUUUUACGCUGAAAAAAUCUUCUGGCAUGUCACUCUUCCACGGAAGAUAUGGUCCAAUGAGAGAGAAGAUUCAGAGAAGCAGCUCAUUCUUAUCCCAGAAUUUUUUGAUUUAUACAUAUAAUGAAAGUGGCUUUUUGCAUUCUGAAUCUUCAUAUUUAAAGAUGCAUUGCCAUUACCAAGGAUAUGUUGCAGAUUUGGAAAAUUCUCUUGCAACACUCAACAUCUGUUCUGGAUUAAGGGGAUUCCUUCAGUUUGAAAAUAUUACUAUUGGAAUUGAACCAAUGGAGUCUUCAGCCGGAUUUGAGCACAUAAUAUAUCAAGUGAAAAAUGACAUUCCGGAUUUACCAAUAUUAGCAGAAAAUGGAAGAAAGACAUGGGAGAAGGAGCAGCCGUAUAAAAUUCAUGUAACACAGGAAAAAACUAUUUUGAAACAAUUACCCCAAUACCUGGAAAUGCAUAUCAUAGUAGAAAAAAAUUUGUAUGAUUAUAUGGGUUCAGAAAUUAUGGCUGUAACACAGAAAAUUGUCCAGAUUAUUGGCCUUGUGAAUACUAUGUUUACACAAUUCAAAUUAACUGUUAAACUGUCUUCCUUGGAAUUGUGGUCAGAUAAGAACAAAAUUCACACCAAUGGGGAUGCUGAUGAUUUAUUGCAAAGAUUUUUGGCAUGGAAACAAGAAUAUCUUGUCCUACGACCCCAUGAUAUAGCUUAUUUACUGACUUACAGGAAACAUCCUAAAUAUGUGGGAGCAACAUUUCCUGGAAUAAUAUGCAACAAAAGCUAUGAUGCAGGAAUUGCCCUGUAUUCAGAUGCAAUUAGCUUGGAAGGAUUUUCAGUUAUUAUAGCUCAACUACUUGGCCUUAAUAUAGGAUUAACAUAUGAUGACAUCAAUAAAUGUUUUUGUCCAAGAGCAACAUGCAUAAUGAAUCGUGAAGCACUGCAUUCCAGUGGAAUAAAGAUUUUCAGCAACUGUAGCAUGCAUGACUAUGCAUAUAUUAUUUCAAACUUUGUGCCUAAAUGUCUUCAGAGUCUUUUACACUUGAAACCAGUGUGUGGUGAUGGGAUACUGGAUCCUAAUGAAGAAUGUGAUUGUGGUAAUGAAGAGGAAUGUCAAUUUAAAAAGUGCUGUGAUUAUAGCACGUGUAAGCUGAAAGAUUCAGUAAAAUGUGGUUCUGGAGCAUGCUGUACUUCAAAAUGUGAGCUAUCAACAGCAGGCACUCCGUGUAGAGAAAGUAUUGAUGAAGAGUGUGAUUUUACAGAGUAUUGCAAUGGGACCUCUGUUAAUUGUGUGCCUGACACUUAUGCUCUGAAUGGUCAUAGGUGCAAAUUGGGAACUGCAUAUUGUUAUAAUGGAAGAUGUCAAACUACUGAUGAUCAGUGUGCUGAGUUAUUUGGAGAAGGUGCUGAAGGGGCCCCACAAUCCUGUUUUGAAGAACUUAAUUCUCUGCAUGAUAGAACUGGAAACUGUGAUCUUAAAAAUUCACAAUCAUCACCUUGUAAACACAACGAUGCUCUCUGUAGAAAAUUAGCUUGUGUUUGGCCCCAUGAGCAUACUUACAAAAGUGAUAUUCAAUCUACAGUUUAUUCAUACGUUCAAGAUCAUGUCUGCAUAUCCAUACCUCCUGGGUCCUCAGUGAACUCAGAUGGAAGGGAUUAUGCCUAUGUAGCUGAUGGAACAGUCUGUGGUGAAGGAAUGUACUGCUUAAAUAAAACCUGCAAAGAAGUCAAUUUAAUAGAGCACAACUGUAAUGCCACUACAAAAUGCCAAGGAAAUGGGGUCUGUAAUAAUGUUGGGAAUUGUCAAUGCUUUCCAGGCUACAGGCCUCCAGAUUGUGAAUUCCAGACUGACUCACCAGGGGGAAGUAUUGAUGAUGGAAAUGUUCAGAAAACUGAUGUAUUUGUUAUUAAAAGAGACUACAGUACACAUCAGAACUGGUUUAUUCUGAGUUUCUACAUUUUUUUACCCUUUAUAAUAAUCUUCAUCGUUAUGGUCACGAAGCGAAAUGAAAUGAGAAAAUCAAGGAACAGAAAGGAAGCAGAACAUAAGGGGUGGCCUCUGCAGAUAAAUGUCCUCCGACCCUUUUCUCUUCAUGACACACAGUCUUUUUCAUUCAACGGAAGUUUUGCCAAAUGA